AUGGGAGGACAAACAUUAGCCUUUUUAGCCCCUUACGACUAUUAUGCUAAUAAAUCCGUUCAGUAUGUUUCAUUUAGUAAAUUAGAUGGUAAUAAAGGAUUAAACGAAGAAGUUCCCAAAGAGCAACCUGAAAAUGAAGAAAGCACCAGAAGAAAAUACAAAAAUCCUUCCAAAGGAGGAAAUAAAAACAAGCCCUUGUUUACUCCUGAUUUAUUAUAUGCUAAUACAGUUGAUUUAAAAUAUGAUUUCUUGGAAUUUGCUAAUCGUUAUUGUAGUCCUUCCCUAGUUUUUCGUUUUCAAUAUUCGAAUGAUUUAUUAAAUAACCUUCAUAAUUGUAAUAAUAAGAGCCAUGAAUUAAGUUUAGAUUUGAAAUUUAAUAGUUUGGGAGUAUUAAUUAACAAACCUGGCUCUUAUCAAGGAAAUUUAAAGUUAAGGAACGACACCACCGAUGGAUUUAUUAGUGAAGUAUUUCAAAAAGAAGUAUUUUUUUAUGAAGAAAUAGAAAAAGAUUUGACUAAUCCCCAAUUAAGAUUAGCAGCCUCUGUUAAUCAUGUAGUUUAUCCGAUUUCGGAUGCUUCGAUUGCUGUCGGGGAUGAAAAAAUAGAAAGUCAAACCUUUACUCACCAAAUUCCUUAUCAGGCUGAUAAAAGAGAGUAUUCUCAUGCUACCUGA